CUAUCUCACUGUCUCGAGGGAGUAGCAGCUCUGAUCUUUAGCUCCACACAGUCCACAGUACCUCGUCUCCUCCAGGACUCCAGUCCACAGUACCUCGUCUCCUCCAGGACUCCAGUCCACAGUACCUCGUCUCCUCCAGGACUCCAGUCCACAGUACCUCGUCUCCUCCAGGGCUCCAAAAAGUAUGGAGAAGAGCCAGUAUGGACCCCCCCAGGACUUGUCUGCUCCCCCCUACCCCGGCCCCCCGGCGGGCUACCAGGGAAGUGGGGGGGGAACAGCCUACCCCCCUCAGCCUGGCUUCCAGGGAGGUCCCCAACCCGGCAUGUACCCACCACCUCCCCAAUACGGCACGGGCAUGGCACAACCUACAAACGUCCCCAGCGUAACCCAGGUGGUGGUGAUGCAGCAGCCGCUGCCAAGAGACGUACCCGGCCAGAUGAAUUGUCCCCACUGUCAGGUCCCGGUUCUGACAGAGACCACACACGCCACUGGACUGCUCACCUGGGUUAUCUGUGGAUCACUCGGCUUCUUCCUGUGCUGGCCAUGCUGUUUGAUUCCGUUCUGUGUUGACUCCUGUAAGGACGUAGAACACCGCUGCCCCAACUGCAAGAGAGUGAUCCACAUCCACAAACGCAUGUGAACAGACCAAGAUGAGACACCUGCCACAAAGUGAUCCACAUCCACAACUAGCCCCGGCCCACAGCCACUGCUGCCACAAAGUGAUCCACAUCCACAACUCCUCAUGAAAAUAUAAAUAUCUAUUGUGAGAAGUCACAGUGUAAAGACAACAGUCUGACUGUGGCUGAAAUGACUACUGGAAGACCAGCUUAACAUUGACUAGUGUCCGUGUGUAACAAGCGAAGGCCACUUCUAGCAGAUUCUUUACACUGAUUGUAAUAUAUGUUUUCUUUCAUUCUGUGAAUCUUCAUGUUAGACAGAAAGUAGGAUUCUAUUUGUAUUGACGUUGGUAUUGAUUGGUUGUUGUUUUUUUUUAAAGGGACAGUCCACAGUUGAAACAAUAAAAAAGCUGAACCCUGCCUCUGUUUUUGUAAAAAGCUGUGGGAUGGGGCUGGAGGAAUGUAACCGCUCUAACACAGAGCUAUGCAAUGCACUGACUGACCAUCCAAAAGUAUAUCUUUAUCAAUGUGUUGGGCUAUACAGUGCUAUGUUUACAUUUACAAACACUGGAGCAAAACAAGCUGAUAUUUUGGGUUCUGAUGGGGUACAACAGUUGAACUAAACUCAGAAGGCAGAAUAAGUUAUAUUCUUCAAGAUCCAAAAAAAUGGAUGCAUUAACUGCUGAUUGCCCCUUUAAUUGAUUAACAAUAAUUGUUUUAAUAAAGUCAAUAAUGACUUUGACUUUUGAGAUGAUAGUGGCCCUUGUUUCCAGAAACACACACACAUCCAUCAAUAUUUCUUUCUGAAAAUGUAUUCACCUGAAAAAAGGCCUGUGUUUGAUGUGUUAACUAUCUUUUUUCCCCAAACACCAAUGGACCAAUGUUAGUAAAGUAAUGACUAUCUAGUCUGCA